AUGCCACGGCAACCCAGACCACUGUUGGGCACAGGAAACCAUGGCUUGAGUGCUGAGCUGCCACGCGGCUUGAGCGCCAAGGCCGUCGCGAGUCUCCCCGUGGCUCAAGGGAGCCAGGAAGUGCCAGUGGAGUGCUUGCGCACAGUGUCCGCUGCUGUUUGGGCUCCCCGAGGGACCAUUAGGACAGGCAGUCUUGGCGGCUCUGCGUCCAGCUCUGCUGCACUAGAAUCGGGUGAAUAUCUACAUAACGCUCUUUAUUUUGCUCUGUGGUCCCUGGAUUCUGUAGUAAGUAGGUUUUUCCACAUGAUAUCUUUGCAUAUCUUAGUGCAUGAGAGGAGUUUAAGUCGAGGACUUCCUCCUUCCAAUCCACCUCGUGGGGAGUUUUUUCAUCCAGAUGUCUUAAUUUUUAAUGCUGCAUGUUUGAUGAACUCUGGAGUUGGUUCACAAAUCAAUGGCAAUGGCUUUCAGAAAAAGAAUCUGAUGUUUUCAAGUGCAUUGGGGCAAUCUCUCAACAGUGCCAUUCCUGAUCAUUAUAAGCAAUGUUAGGCUGACAUGUCACCAAACUUUCUUGAUAAUCCAUUUUCAAAUUUAAGUCAGCAAGACCAAUUAGAAGCUUUGUGGUCUGCAGUAGACCAAUCAAAUUUCCUUGCACUUAUGUCUAGAUGCAUCGAACAAUGGGCAUCAGAACACCCACAUUCGGCCACUAAGUUGUGCUUUGUUCUAGAAUGGACAUGGAAUAAAAUGAAUGUCACCAAAGAAGAAUUGGACAGACUGUGUGCGCUGUUAUUUGAUGGCUCAUGCCAUAACAUUGAUCCACAGACUAUACAGUCUAUCCAUUGUUGUUAUUUGCUUCUGUGCCACCUUAAUGCAGUUCUUAAUUGUUUGUUAGCAGAGGCCAAAAGCAUGACUGAGGAAGGCAUAUUGAGCCUGAACAAUAAACGUAUGUUGACUCAAAUCACAUGUCAGUACAUACAAGUGGUUCUGUGGUUCUGUCGUUUUGAGCUUCUACCAGAGGGCUUCCAUGAUGCUAUGCAUUUAAGAAGUUUAUGCUAUAACUACCCUGUAAUUCAGGAGUACUACACCAGUUGUCGACAGAAGUGUGAGAGUUUUUCAAGGGGGGAAAUGAAUCCUGAUUACCUGAUCAUUGAUGGACUGGUUUCUCACCUAGGAAAUAGGAUUGAGAAUUUGUGGGAAACGAUGAAGAGCACUGGAAAAUAUCCUCCUCCAAGUCUGCAUGCACUGCUUGACAUAUACUUACUUGAUAAUAUUCCAGAAGCAAACAAACAUGCAGUUACCAUCUAUUUGCUGCUAGACAUUAUGUCUUGUUUUCCAAACAAAGAAUUCGCCAUUGAAUCAUUUCUUAAGCUUUUUGCCAUUUCUGAUAGCCAACUGAAACUGAUUAAAGGAUUGUGGUAUAUAGACCAUAAAAAUUAUGAGAGGGCUUUGGAACUUCUGCUUGACCCAGCCACAGCCGAACCUUUGCCAUGGCAACAUACAAUGAUUCUUCGAGCUUUCAUAAGUCACGGUGAGCACAGAAUCGCCCUCAGAUAUAUCCAUACCAUGAAGCCAACGAUGUCCACAGAUGGUGAUGUUUGCCUUCACUUCACCAUUUUGACCUAUAAUAGGUGUGUGGUUGAGGCCUUAAGUUUGCUGCGGCAACAUUCUAGUAGUUUAAACAGAAAGGACUUAUUAAAGCACACUUACGACAUGUGCCAGGAAGUGGGCUUGCUGGAGGAUUUUCUAAAGAUACCGCUCAAAGACACUGAACAGGAGGAUUUGGUAAGAACUUUGCAAACCAGUCCUAGAAUCAAAGAAUCCUCUCCUGGAGUAUCUUCUCUCCCAAUACCUGAUGCUUCUGUUGGAACCCCAAUUGCACAAGCUUCACAAAAACGUUCUAAAGAGCUGAAUACGGCUGAUUGUCCUGUGCAUCAGCUUUCUCAAUCUAUGAGGGUGUUUCUGCAAAGCCCCACCAAAUCUCCUUUGGAUCUCCCAUCUCAUUUAUUGCCAGUAAGUUCAUGUGUCAAAAGAUCUUGGGAAUCUAUUACCAAGGCUAAGGAAUUACAUUGCCUUGAAACUCCUCUUGUGGCUAAGAAAGCUAAAAUUUCGGCCACAACAGUUAAUGCUUCUGGAUUUGCCAAAUCUAGUCUUCAAACCAUUUUAAAGUCUUGUCGUCCAUCAACUUUAGCAUCACCCUCUUUGUCUCCUGGACCUUCUCUUGCUCCUUUACAACUGAAGGAAACUACAAUUUCAUUGAGGGAAGAGGGCAUAACUGCACCAUGUACAACUGGAGUUGCCUAUGACAACAAAACUAAUAUAUAUGCUACUACACCACCACGUUCAAUUCUAAAAAAACCUGGCUCACUGAAGACCCGAAAGAAGGUAUCUUUUUCCUUAGACCAUCAAGAAAAUGAAAAUCAAGAAUUGCAUGUAAGGCUACAGGAUACAUCCUCACAUUACUUGGAGAAAUCAGAUGUGAGCAAUGCAAAGAGCAGUUCUUCAACCAUAAUGGACCAGACUUUCACGGAAUAUCAGGAUGCAGUAUCACCCAAAAUUAUGUGUACACCCUUGAAAACUGCGAGCUCUUCUACUGAACUAAUUGCUGAUGUAACAGAAAAAGCGCAAGAUGGUAAUAGUAAUAUGGUUGAGUCUGAAGGAAGUCCUCCUAAAAUGCCACGACUUUCUGAUACUGGGAAUACCGAAGAUAUUUUGCUGUCAUCCCUGACAGCACAACAGGCAGAAGUCCCCAUGUCUGACACACCUAGGAAACGUGGUAGACCAAGAAACAUAAAUGCUGAUGAUGUAACACCCACAGUACAUGAGGAAGAGAGAAGUCCCAAAAGGAGAAAAGAUCUUAGCAUUCAAAGGAGAUCGACAAGAAACACCUCAGCUACAACGAAAAAUACUCCUGCUGGAGAACGAGCUUCAGAGAAGUCAGUUUCAGUUCCACAAGAGGAACUUGAGACAGUGUUGAGCCCCAAGUAA